AUGGUGAAUGGCUGUGACCCGGAUGAAGAUAAAGCAAAGACUGAGGUGGAACGGUCAGACAGGUUUGGGCGAAAACGGAUACUGUCUUUAAGUUAUUUCAUGUUUGCUGUCUCCAGCACCGCGGCUGCCUUUGCCCAGGCAAUGCUAGUUUACGGUUGCUUUCGCUUCCUGAUUGGAUUUUUCAUGUCAGGAAUUUUCCUUUCCAGCUCCUCACUCCUCACGGAAUGGACGACCACCCAGCACCGGUCCUCAUCAGUUGCCAUGAUAUCCUUACUGGUCAGCCUAGGGCAUCUGUUUGUGGGGUUCCUUUCCUAUGGCAUCCAGGAAUGGCGCAAACUCCAGCUGGUACUGUCUGUUCCCUUCUUUUUCUUCCUCCUGACCAACUGGUGGUUGCUAGAAUCUCCCAGAUGGCUGAUUGUCAACAAUAAAUUCGAUGAUGCCUUAAAGAUGCUCAGAAAAGCUGCAAAAAUCAAUGGAAAAAAGGAUAACUCGCUGACUAUAGAGGAUUUGAAAUCCGCCAUGAAGAAGGAGAUGUCUGCAAUCCAGACCCAUACCCCCAUGUUGGAUUUGGUUCGCUCACCCGUCCUUCUUAGAAGAAUGCUCUGUAUGUCUUUUAUAGGGUGGGUUCUCCAUAAUAUAAGAGGAAUAUUAACGUUUACGGCACCACCAAAAGAACCUCUCAGGUAGACACAGUAAAUAGGUACUAGAUAACAGGACAGGCUGAACAGCAUCUUCUCUCAAUGAUCCAUAGAACUGUAGAAUCUUAGAGUUA